AUCCUUUAAAUCCUUCCAUUCAUUAGAUUUCGCCUCAUUUUUUCAUUUCUUCUUCGUCGUCAAAACAAUGGCCGUCUCCUCUAGUCCGUGCCCUAAAUUCAUCCCUACCGCCGCCAUUUCGCCCCUUUUCGAGUGCCGUUCUGAUUCACCCGGCACGGACCAGCCCCGAUUUUCUCGGCGAUUUAACUCCAUUCCUAAGGGCUCAUCAGCUUCUUCAUUUUUGGGCGGCGGUAGUGGCUUGUCGUUGAUACUAAAAUUCCCUCCUAACUUUGUUCGCCAGCUCAGCACUAAAGCUCGCCGUAACUGUAGCAACAUCGGUGUAGCUCAAAUCGUCGCUGCUUCGUGGACUGACAACUCCGACUCUGGUGUUCCUUUUGUCGCGGCGGCUGCUAGUGCAUCAGCUUCCGCCGCCGCCGCCGCAAUCUCCGCUGCUGAGCCGGUUGAGUUGAUCUCCGGUGAUGAAGUGGCUGUUGUUAAUGAGAAUAGAAAUGUACAGUUUGAGGAUUUGAGUAGUGAUUUAAAAUACUCGUCGUUUUUGAGCUCCGAUGGGAGCAUAGCAGUUCAUGCUGGUGAACGAUUAGGUCGCGGUAUUGUUACAGAUGCAAUUACGACUCCGGUGGUUAAUACUUCUGCUUAUUUCUUUAAGAAAACUCAAGAGCUUCUCGAUUUCAAGGAGAAACGGAGUGUGAGUUUUGAAUAUGGGAGAUAUGGAAAUCCAACUACUGAGGUUCUGGAGAACAAGAUUAGUGCCCUUGAAGGGGCUGAAUCAACUUUGAUUAUGGCUUCUGGGAUGUGUGCUAGUACUGUUAUGCUAUUGGCUUUGGUUCCAGCCGGUGGGCACAUCGUUACUACUACGGAUUGCUACAGGAAGACUAGGAUCUUUAUUGAGACUGUUCUUCCUAGAAUGGGGAUCACGGCCACUGUUAUUGACCCUGCAGAUAUGGAAGGUCUGGAAGCUGCACUUGAGAAGAACAAUGUUUCUCUUUUUUUCACCGAGUCUCCUACCAAUCCAUUCCUGAGAUGUGUUGACAUUAAGUUGGUUUCAGAGCUCUGCCAUAGAAAAGGAGCAAUAGUCUGCAUAGAUGGUACCUUUGCAACACCUCUUAAUCAGAAGGCCCUAGCUCUCGGUGCUGAUCUUGUUCUUCACUCUGCAACUAAGUUCAUCGGUGGACAUAAUGAUGUCCUUGCAGGUUGCAUAAGCGGUUCCACAAAAAUAAUUUCUGAAGUUCGUACUUUGCAUCAUGUUUUGGGUGGUACUCUCAACCCGAAUGCUGCUUACCUGAUCAUCCGAGGCAUGAAGACACUGCAUCUUCGUGUACAGCAACAGAAUUCAACCGCAUUGAGGAUGGCCGAAAUUUUAGAGGCUCAUCCCAAGGUGAAGCAGGUUUAUUAUCCAGGUUUGUCUAGUCAUCCUGAACAUCUCCUUGCCAAGCAGCAGAUGACUGGCUUCGGUGGUGUGGUCAGUUUUGAGGUAAAUGGGGAUUUGUCGACCACCAUAAAGUUUGUGGAUGCACUGAAAAUCCCAUAUAUAGCCCCAUCGUUUGGUGGGUGUGAAAGCAUCGUGGAUCAACCAGCUAUAAUGUCUUACUGGGAUCUGAGCCAAUCAGAGAGGGAAAAGUACGGGAUUAAAGAUAACUUGGUGCGAUUCAGCUUUGGAGUUGAGGACUUCGACGAUCUGAAGGCCGAUAUUCUUCAAGCCCUGGAGACCAUAUAGCUUGGUACAUCAGGAUAACUUGGUUAAUUGAAGGAUGAAUAAUAUUGAGCUUAGAGACUAUUUAGCUCACUACCUGUCCUUUUGUUUUUAUUUUCUAAUUUUAAACUGUACGCUUUAUUAUUUGGUGGUUUAAUUGGCUUUUCAUCACCAAAUUUCCUUUUGUCAGUUUGGCUGGCCAAAGUUGGGCAAAUAAUGUGUUAUAAAUAACAUGUAUUUUUAUGUUA